GUCCCGCUGUCUCCCCUUUGCUUCCCCCGUGGCUGACCCCGCUCCCGCACCGUCCCGCGCUCCCUUCGGGCCCCGCCCCUCGUGCGGUGGCGUCGCCUCCCCUCCUAGCCGGCCCGGCCCCAGCGCUGGAUCGCGGGUUUCCCGAGCCUGCAGCGGAGCAGCCACCUGGCGUUUCGGGACACGGCCGCAGCCGCAGUUAGGCGGACGCUAUGGCCGAGGAGCGGGACGUGUUUCCGAGAGCCCGGGGCAGGACGCUGAGCGCCUUUCGUGAAGAUGAUGAAGGUCAAUGGAAAGCCCCUUUCUACUUCAUCCAAGGAGCGGAUCCUCAGUUUGGACUGAUGAAAGCCUGGGCAAUUGGUGACUGUGACAAUGGAGGUGAUGAAUGGGGAGAGGAGAUCAAAUUAACAGAGCAAGCUGUGCAAGCCAUUAACCAGUUAAACCCCAAGCCCAAGUUCUUUGUACUGUGUGGUGACCUCAUACAUGGUAUGCCAGGAACUCAGUGGCGAAAGGACCAAGAACAAGAUUUGAAAAAUGUCCUGAAGAACAUUGACCAAGACAUUCCAUUGGUAUUUGUCAGCGGAAAUCAUGAUAUCGGCAAUGUUCCAACACCUGAAACAAUAGAUGAUUAUUGCAAGCACUGGGGAGAUGAUUACUUCAGUUUUUGGGUUGGAGGAGUUUUCUUUCUUGUGCUUAACUCACAGUUAUACUUUGAUUCCUCUAAAUGUCCUGAGUUAAAGCAGGCCCAAGAUGAGUGGCUUGAUGCACAACUGGCUGUAGCUGAAAAACAGACGUGUAAACAUGUAAUAGUAUUUCAGCAUAUUCCUCUAUUUCUACAAAACCCGGAUGAAGACCAUGACUAUUUUAACUUGGAGAAGUCGGUUCGGCAGGAGCUGAUGGAAAAGUUUCAUAAAGCAGGCAUUAAAGCUGUAUUUUCUGGACACUACCAUAGGAAUGCCGGAGGGUCCUACAAGGAUCUAGAGAUGGUGGUUUCAUCAGCAAUUGGAUGUCAACUGGGAGAAGAUACCCAUGGGCUUAGAGUGGUCAUUGUCACAGCUGAGAAGAUUGUUCACAGAUACUGCAGUUUAAAUGAUCUGAGUAGCCAAGGAAUAGAAAAAGAGCUGAUGGAUUUGAUUAAGCAAAAUUAGCCAUUUUCUAACUAUGACAAGUCUCCAGUUUAUUUUUAAUUCACAUUUUUUAUUUCCCAGAUAGAAACACUAGCUAAGCAAAAACAAAAAAGCCUACUGUGGGCUGAAGAUGAUUCCCAGUUGUGUAUUAUGCACCAAAAUAGUUGUCUCAACUCAUUACCAUCCUAAAUAACAAAGCAGAAAAGUAUGCAGAGAUAUUUAUACCUUUGAGGGGAAAUGAAACCAAUUAUAAUAUGAAAAAUAAUAAAGGUAAUGCUAUCACUAUUGAUUUUGUAAUGGGAAAGAGCUGUUCUGAGGGUUAGCUGCUCUACUCCUGGAUCAGACUUUUAUAGCAUAUCCAUGAGUAGGAGCAGUGGCUUCUGGAUGACAAACUCAACUCUAGUUCACCCUUCUGUUCUAGUUUGAUGGCCCACAAGAUACAUCUCAAAACCAUUAUACUUAAUGUUCUCUAUUAAAUGCUUGGUAAUCCUCCAGAAAGUGACAAAGUAAAUGUGGCAUGUUCGUAUUCAGUAUGGGCUAAUCCAAAGCCCUUUGAAGUCAGAGGGAAGACUUCCAUUGACUUCAAUGAGUUUUGGAUCUCACCCUAUUUCUGCUUCCUUCCAGUUGAUGUCAUCUCCCAUCCCAAGCCUUUAUCUUCAGAACUACUACAGCAAUCAGAGCAAGCUGGAUUCUUCUCUGCCUAGCAAAUCACCAUUGUGGGUGCUAUAAGAGAGACAAGACUCAUAAUUUGAGUCUGCAGGAGUGGAGGUUAGAAAAGCCUGUAAACUAAGAAAAUAUAAUAGGAAAACCAUAAAGAGAAACUAAAUAUAGAAGAGUCAUUUUACUGUUGCCUCUUGGCAUUUAACUGCAAUUAAAUUUGCUAUUGAGAGUUCCCUGUAAGAGCAUAUCCUCUUUAGAAAACAGCUGACUCCUAGACAAAGGGAGAUUUAUGGAUGUCCAGUUCUACCAAACUAAAUUGCAGAAGCUCAAAAACUGCCUAUGCUGUAUAUUCUUUUUAAAGAAAAAAGACUAUAAUAUAUAUAUUGUUUUAGUCUAGGACAUUAGUUUAAAAGAUUCGCUAAGUACAAUAUAAAGUCCCCAAACGUCCUGAGAGAGAUUUUUGGUCAAUGUAGCACAGGGGCGGGCAAACUUUUUGGCCUCAGGGCCACAACGAGUUUCUGAAAUUGUAUGGAGGGCCGGUUAGGAAAGGCUGUGCCUCCCCAACCAGGCGUGGCCAGGUCCCGCCCCAUACCUGACCCCCCCUGUUUCUCGCCCCCUGAUGCCCCCCCCCCGGGACUCCUGCCCUAUCCAACCCCCCUGGGACCCCGGCCCCAUCGAUCCCUCCCUGUCCCCUGACCGCCCCUGGACUCUCCCCUCCCCCCGCUGCCCCAUCCAACCCCUCCUCUCAUUCCUGUCCGGCCUCCCGCCCCCCAAGACCCCUGCAUCACCCAACCACCCUUUCUCCCUGACUGCCCCCGGAACCCCCCUCCACUGACUGCCCCCCGCCACCCCAUCCAACCCCCCCCCACUCCUUCCUGACUGCCCCCCUGGGAUCCCUGCCCCCAUUCAACCCCCCGGUUCCCUGCCCUCUGACCACCCCCGCCCCUGCCCUCUAUCCAACCCCCCCCCCCACUCCCUGCCCCCUUACCGCGCUGCCUGGAGCACCGGUGGCUGGUGGUGCUACAGCUGGAGCCAGCCGCAGCACAGAGCACCGGGUCAGGCAGCGCAGCUGCCGAGCCGUGACCUGGCAAGAGCUCGCAGCCCCGCUGCCCAGAGCAUUGCACCAGUGACGCAGGGAGCUGAGGCUGCGGGGAGGGGCCAGGGGCUAGCCUCCCAGGCCAAGAGCUCAGGGGCCGGGCAGGAGGGUCGGCCGUAGUUUUCCCACCUCUGGUAUAGAGCCUCCAAGCGGCCUUACUUAGUUAGAUAUUGUUUUAAUAGUCUGGUUUUUCAAGAAGCCACCUCAGAUUUGGCAGCUAAUGUCCUUCACCAAGGCUAAGGAACAGAUUUAUAAAGUUAUUUAGGCUUGAUUUUCAAAAGUAUCUAGAUGCCUAACUUCCAUUGAUUUCAAUAGUAGUUAGGCACCUAGUAGAAUUUUCAAAAGUGCCUAUCUGUAGCUUUAGGCCCUUAAAAAUCUGGCCCCAAAUGUGCUGAGGUUUCUUUGUCCUUACUGCUAGUUAAUGCUGUAGAGUGGUGCUCCCCUUACAGUUUGUUGCAAAAGGAAGGGUAUUCCACUGUUACUUAUAGCGUUUAAGUAUGUCCGUUCAGGUUAUGGCUCAGCGGAAAGAACAGAGUAUGAUAGGCACUGGAUGGUUCUGUUGGUCUUGCCCCAUAUAGUAGAGUGGGCAGAAAAGAAAUAAGGUGGGCCAUUUAAUUGUGAGGAUGAUAUUUGGGAGAGCCAAGAUAGAUUUGAAAAGAGCGGUUUUCCGUAAACACGAGAAAUUAAUAGAAUGGGUAUGAAUAGGAGUGGUUCUAAAAAUUUUAGAAUUUAUGAUUUCAUAAAUGAUUAUAUACACACAUGUGGAAUUAUAAAGCAUGAAUGUGUUUAUGCAGAACCAUUUUACUUAUACAAACUCAUAACUCAAAUUUCAACAUUAAUUCAUAUUGUAUAAAUAGUUCCAAGUUUGCUUUUUAUAAGAGAUUUUUUUACCAUAAAUUGUCUAUUGUUUUCUCACUAAAGAGUAUUACUACACUGUAAAAUCUUUUAAAAUCCAAUUUAAAUUUUAUAUUCCAAAUUCAUGAUUGAGUGAAGUAUAAGAAGCUUCAAGAAUUAUACAUCACUCAUACAGUCUACCAUGAGAAAUAAAUAUACUGUAUAAAUCA